CGAACUGUGUCUGGGUCAGCUCGGUCUGUCAUCUCAGACAGUCAGAGAGAGCGAGAGAGAGACAGACGGCACACAGGCAGCAGGAUACAGGAGGUAUGUCAGAGGAUGUGGUUUCCCUGAGCUUGAAGAACACUGCACAGACAUACUUUGAGCAUGACCGGCAGCACGCAAAGUGUGUUUUCUGCGCUCCGCUAGCUGCCUGCCGCAGGAGGACUGAUCCGCUCGGGAUCCUCGCUUCUUGUUAUUACUGUGCCGUCACAUCCAACGGGAAACGUACCGCCGCUCUUGCGGUUCACACACCGGAUUGGGGAUCACUGACUCAAACUUGCAGCCUCCGCGUGUCCACAGCUCCACAACAGGCUUAAGUGCGCACUCGUUAGGCAGAAAUGGGCUGCGGGUUGAGGAAGUUCCGUCAGACGGAAGACAACAGUCCGGGAAAGAUUUACUCCACCCUCAAGAGACCGCAGGUGGAGACCAAGAUCGGGGUCGCCUACACGUACCACCACGUGGACUUCCUGGUGGGGAAAGACGAUGGGACGUCCACGCUGUGCCUGUCCUCGGUGAGGGAGCUGCCGUCUCAGCUGCAGGAUCUGUACCAGCAGGGCUUCAUCCUAGCAGCUGUGCACCCCUUCGUCCACCCGUGCGGCCCCGAGCCCGCCAGCAUCCAGCGCCAGCUCUACCGGGCAGUGCUCAUCAAAGUCUCGGACAGCUGGGAGAAGAAUCCGGCAGACUUUGAGCCUUACCAUCUCAAACUGGAGGAAUGCAUGUCUGCAGACCAGAUUCCCACCACAGAGCACAUCCAAGGAUAUGUGAAGAAACAGAUCCAGGACGCUGCGGAUCAGGGCAUCGUGUUUGUGGGCUUCAUCCAGGAGCCAGCUGGCCUACGCCCACACGUGCUACGGCACGGAGAACCAGAGGAACCCUCCCUCUCCCUGCACUCCAGCCCCAGCUCGCUGCACGGCUCUGGGCUGACGGCCAGUCCCAGUCCCCUGGAGGAGCCGGAGCUGGGAGAAGAGUCCGGAGCGGAGAACGAAGGGGAAAACUGGGGAGGUGAGGCUCUGAGAGAGGACGUGAAAGCUACUGAAGGUGGAGACGGAGGAGAUGAUCUCUCUGUUGAGAAAUCAGGAUCUGGUGAAACACAGCAAGGAGAUACACUAACACACAACAACAACGACAUGGCCAAAAUCACAGACACAACCGAGAAACCCAGCAGGCUGGCCCUGACUAAGAGUGGUGGGUUGAUCGUCUUUAUCCUUUGA